AUGUUCAUAUACCGUUUGGGUAGCACACAGAACAUGUCAGCAGCCAGUUGUGUCACACAACUUGAUCAUCAGACCUGCCGGGGUAGCUCAAUCGGUAGAGCGUGUGGCUCUUAUCGCUACGAUAUAUCACAACCUCAAGGUCGCGGGUUCGAGCCCCGCCUUCGGCUAUUCCUAUACAUUCGCUGUCAUUCUUUUUGA